AUGGCGCCUUGGGCGCCCGACCGACGUGGUCCUCCGCCGGGCUCAGCCCGGGGGGCCGGGGUCCUUGGUGGGGAGCCUUUGGGAAGCCUGGGCUCCGCUCCUGCCGCCUCCCAGACUUGCCUGGUCGCCUCGCCACUGGGCGCCUAUGUCCCAAGCGACAAAACGACCUGUGUUCUCCCAACUGCUGUCCAGGCUCUCGCCCCAACUCAGCCUCCGGGGGCCGGAGGGGCUCCCAGUGUGGCCCCGCGGGACGAUGGGCGGUGUGCUGGGGCGGAACGGGGAAGCUGCCGGAGGACUCCCCGGGGGAGAUCGGAGAAGAAGGCCGGCGACGCCCCCUCGUCCGCUGCCGGGCCCUGCAGGUGGGAAGGUCGGACUUCGGUGACGAGGGCGCAGGGGCAGGGCGAGGGGACCCGACCCGGGCUGGGGGCGCCUCGUCCUCGGCGGGGCGAGGACCUGGAUCGGCGGUCGGGCACCGAGUUCGGCUCCGGCCCUCGAACCUCCUCCCCUCGCCGGACGCCUCCCCGCUCAGUCCACGGCGCCGCCCUCGCAGCUACCCUUCCCCAGCGGGGUCCCGGGGGCGGCCGAGCCCACCGCCGGCCCUCCUCCGCGGUCGGCCGGAAGACCUGGAGAAGCGGACUCCAGGGGCGGCGGGGGGGGUCAUGGGUCAGUCCCGGGCGCUGA